AUGCCCUAUGUUCUGAUUUAUAAGUGUGUGACGACAAAAUCAUACAUUGACUCCGACAACCAUGCGCAAGAAAUGAAGAGGUAUCCUUACGACGGAGCACUAUUUCACUCGGGUCAUGUUUGCUCGACCUGCAAACGUUUCAAGCCUGCCCGCAGCAAACAUUGCAGUUUUUGCCAGGCUUGUAUCUCACGACACGACCACCAUUGCGUGUGGCUGAUGAAUUGCGUUGGGGCCAAGAACUACAAGUACUUUCUCUCGCUUCUUCUGGCAUUGUCUGUACUCCUCAUGUACGGCACGUCACUGGGUCAUUCCCUUCUCUUACAAACCAUGCACAAAAUCAUACCUCCGAAUGUACAGGAAGCUAUGAGGAGUUGGUCUAUGUAUUUUCACGUCUGGGGCAUUGUGAUCACCAGGGACCCUAGGAUUGGCACUGUCACCUUGUUGAUGGUAAUGACGGCGCCUCUUGCCAUCGCCUUCUUGGUCUAUCAUACAUACUUGAUCUGGGCAGGCAUGACGACAAACGAGAGUGCCAAAUGGGCUGAUUGGAAAGAAGAUGUCUUGGAUGGCUUCGUCUUCAAAGCAGAUCGAACUCAAAUUGAUGGCGCACCCUCCCAGGUCGACUAUGGAGACAAGCCAUGGCCGGUGCAAAGUAACCAGAUCUUGGUGACGGAUGAUCACCCGCCGCUAGAAGGCUUUGUCUUUGAGGAGGGCGGAAACAGUAUCUUCUAUCCACAAGAAGCGACAUCGGGUUCGAUUGACUUGCGUUGGACCAUGCUUCGACAUGUGGAGGACCUCGACAAUAUUUACGAUCUAGGAUUCAAGCGCAACCUUGCGGAUGCUCUGGAAAUGUCUAUCCGAUACCACUAUGAGACGCGGGGCAUGAUUGACGAUAAGCGAUUAGAGCAUAUGCUCGUUGCUGGAAAGCAGAUUUUGUAUAAGACACAUCAAGAAAGUGAAGUUCGACACAAUCUUGGCAUGUCUCCAGAUAUUUGGGCAGGACUUACAGAUGUGCUCACCAAAGCAAUUCCGGUCCUCGAAUCGCAGUCCUUUGCAUGGAAAAGUCCUCGCGCCGCACUCGAACACUCUUCGUCCAAUCUGAUUGCCUACAAUUAUUUUUCGCUAGUGAAAGAUAUAGAAAGGCUCAACGACUUGUGUACCAUCGCUCGUAACCUUCUUGCGACCACCAAGAAAGCCCAGAACCUCGCCGCUGAAAAAGGAUUUGAUCAGCGAGUUCUUGCUCUCAUAGAUACCUGUGUGCGCGUUACGGCGAGAGGUUUUGACGGCGAAACGAAUGCUCGCAAUGAAGAGCGCUGGCAAAAAGUCGUUAACCUCUACAAGCGACUUCUCAUAACAUGUCUCCAGUACCUCCAUAAUUUCAUUAUGCACAAUGAGCAUCGGAAAAUGGUCCUGUGGCUCGAUCUAUUCGGUUACCAUUCCACCGCGGACACGAAUAUAAUCCAGCCAAAGGAAGCUCUGGAUUCUACGGCUCGGACUGAAGGAGUUGCUCCGAUCGUGAAGAUCGGAGAGCGGGUCAUCAAUCCUCCCAUCCGAGCGCUCUAUGACCAGACUGCGGAAGACCUGCUUCUGGAGACCAUCGCCAAGUUUCCGCGUGAGCCGUCAACGAUCAAAGAGGAGGCUGCGAUGCUUCUGCUCGCGAACAUCAAAGACCACAUGGAGAAGAUUCUUGGACGUGACUUGACCGAUAUCCAAGAAAUGGGUCGUGAUCCUGAACAGGUUAAAUACAUCCGAGCUGCUUUAACUUCGAUUCUGGGCGCCAAGGUUGACGGUUGGGCGGAUUUACAGGAGAGGGCACGCGAAUUGCCUCCUGCUUUGCCAGAGGACGAUGAACAUGAAACAAUGAAGAAGAAGACGAUCUUGACAAUCGAUCGGAGCUUGACCGCGGGCUUCCCCCGGCUGUGCUGGGCGGAUUUACCUGAGGUCAACGAUUAUUCCGUGGACGCAACAGUCACUGAGGACGACACGAGCUUACCUCGAUCGUCGCAAUCUGCCGCCGAGACACUGCAGGAAGCCAAAGACGAAUUAAUGGCCCGGUUACAGGAAGCCUCCCAGAUUGGAGACGAUGGUGCCGACUAUGAUCGCGGGGAUGCCGGGACAGUGAGCGAAGAUGAUGUUCAUAGCUUGGAAGGCCAUGCGGAUGGGAGUGUGGACGAGGACGAGGAAGAAGAGGAUGACAUUGACCGUGGCGAGGAUGGUGGAGAUGUGGAUGAUGAUGAAGACGACGAUGAUUAUCGCGGACGCCCCGGUGAUCAACAACGUGGCCUAUUGACAGACAUCCCUCUUGUCUUAGGACCAGCCGAGAUCGAAGCCUUACCUAUGAUCGUGCAAGCUGGUAUUGUUGAUAGCUUCGGGCUCAAGGGUGGAGAGAGGAACGGAUCACGAAAUAUGCAGGCUCUUCGCUGUCACAUCCUACUGACUCAGGAAACUGGUCGAAAUCUGCUGCGUGAACUACUGAUCUUCAUCGCUGCUUGGGAUCUGCCGGACGACGAACUAUACUUCAAGAUGAUGGUCCAAAUCAUGGAAGCCGUUCUGCGAAAUGGGCUCAUGUCACACGCCUACUCUGACUUCGGUCAGCCGAAAGACAUAAUCUCGCCAGCACAGGCCGUGGUCAUCAAGAUCCUGACUCAUAUCUUCCGCGCGAAAUACUCGCCUGCUUCGGUGACGGGGUCAACACAGGGCAGCGUCCCGAGGAUGCCAUCGCCCUUGAGCCGUGUGGAUGUUUUGACAGUCAGAUACAUCUUCACCAUCUUCCGUGGAAACAUCAUCCCGGAGACCUGUGCUCUGAUUUACCUUCAAGGCCAGAUUCGGGCUGACCGUGCUCUGCCAGAAGAUUUCCCUCUUAAUUUGUGGGACAUGGAACGGGUUUACGAGGGCGUGUAUCAAUUCCUUGAAUUCUUUGCGGUGUUGACUGAGAACAAUGACUGGAAGAAUCUGCUGGUCAAGUGGGAAAUUGUCUACGACCUCGUCACCCUCAUCAAGGAGUUGGAGGCCAGCAUUCCCAAAGGCCAGUUGAGCGCCCUCUCCUUCGGCUCGGUGCCUCCUCCACCUCCACCUCCAGCACGCAGUGCUUCUCCCAAUCACUACACGAAUUCCAAGCCUGCAUCUCCAACACCCGUCGCCGUCGAGCGUCCCUACGAUCCAAGUGACCCAGCAGACCCACUUGACAGCCAUGCCGGCAGCGUUGACUCGCGACCCGAGUCACCUCCGAUCACCGAGGAUCCUUCCGAGUUUGAAUGGCGGAAUCUCAAGAAGCUUGUUGUGCUAGUGCUUUCAUCCCUGGUAUGGAAGUGCCCCGAAGUGCAGGAGCAGAUUCGUCGCUACGGUGGCGUUGAGGCGAUUCUGAUGUGCACCUCUUUCGACUCCAACAACCCUUAUAUCAAGGAACACGCUGUAAUGUGUUUGAAGUUCCUGCUCGAAGGUAAUCGUGAGAACCAACGAUUAGUUGAAGAACUCGAGGCCCGCGAAGUGGUCAGGGAUGACGGUGGCGUAUUGGAACGCAGUGGGUACGAAGCCAUGAUCGACCAGGCCGGCAAGCUGGCCAUUCGCCCCAAGGGUGCAUCUGAAGAAUCCUCAUCGUGA